GGGGCUCUGUGCAGCUCCUGAAGACUUGCAGCCUUGGGAGGCCUGGCUCAGAGACAAAUCACCAUGAGCUCAGCCGAGGAGUGCGGACCCUACUCUCAGCUGGUCAGCCCUCUGGUUUAUGGCCAGCGCUUCGACACGCACCUCCGCAAGGCAGCGCUGCCUGACAUCUUCCAUUCUGUCAACCACACGGCGAUGCAGAGGCUGUUCCAGAGGUCCGGGGACAAGAAAGCGGAGGAGAGGGCGCGGAUCAUCUGCUCGAACCAGAGCAGCGAGGAGAUCAGCCGAGCGCUGCUGGCUCUCAGAGUCCGCAGGAAAGCGAAGCUCAUGCAGUUGUUCCGCAUGGGUUGGAAAUCGAUGAAAAUCUUCUCGUAGAGUGGGAGUCCGUGGCCGUUUAGCACCGCGCACCAUCUCCCAAGCAUGUGAAGCACUGCAAAGCGUGGAAAGGAUGGAACUUUCUUCAUUGCAAAAGUUCGCUUCGUGAAGCGGCUUGAGGCAGAAGAAAUUAAAACAAAGUUUCGAAAUGGAAUGGACACUUGCAUCUCAUAGGUGCGUGAAUUCAGUGGCCGUGCGGACUGACGAAGGUCCCGUUAAGGAACUGGUUUGAUGGCCACUUGAUAAAUAAUGACACAAGUUGGUAGAUUUUCAGGAGCAGCUGGAGAACUUUUAAAGGACUUUUGAAACAAAAUCUCAGGAAGAACAGAUUGUACAGUUUAUUUAUUGUUGACGCUGGCGGUAGAGCCAAUUAUUUUGUUAAUGAUGCGGUGAUUCCGUAAUUUAAUAAACAUUGAAA